AUGGUAGCGUUACAGGCAAGAGUCGGAUUACAUAAACACCACCACGUCCACUCUCUGAUGCUGCUACCGUGGCUGCUCACGCUUCCCUUACCUGCCUUCGCAGCCAUCGAGAAGACUCUCGGAGUACAUCCAGGACUUCUCUCUAAAUAUUCUGCCCCCAAAUCUGGCGCGCUGUGGAAGUGCUUGGAUGGUUCUAAAUCCAUUCCUUGGGAUUUCGUGAAUGACGACGCCUGUGACUGUCCUGACGGUAGCGAUGAACCUGGCACCAGCGCAUGCGUCAACAGUACCUUCUACUGCCAGAAUGCUGGACACAUUGGCGCGACAAUUCCAAGUUCGAGAGUGAACGACGGUCUUUGUGAGCCCCAGUGUUGCGACGGCUCGGAUGAACAACCUGGCGUGUGCCCCAAUGCGUGUAAAGAAAUCGGGGAGCAAUAUAGGAAGAAGAGGGACGCAGAGCUCAAAAUUAGGAAGACUGGUGCUAAAAUUCGAGCGUCCUACAUUACAUUUGCCCACAAAGAGAAGAAACGGUUAGAGGCCCUCAUAGAAACAUCGUCUCAAGAAAUUGUUGCCCGAGAAAAAGAAGUCGCUCGGCUGCGAGAUAUCGCUGAACGAACGGAAUCGCUUUCCGCUGCCGCGCUGGAGCACAAGAAGCAAUCUCCCCUAUACGCUUCUCUCAUAUCCCACUCUGCGGCACUUAAGGCUCUUCAACGCGAACACAAAAAACAUCUCGAGCGUGAAAAGGAACUAGGCAACAUUCUUGACGCCCUGCGCAAAGGGUACAAUCCUAACUAUCAGGACAUGGCUGUCCUUGAAGCGGUUCGUGGCUGGGAAUACCUCGCUGGUCUACCCCAUAUUGGUGUGGAAGAGGAUGCCAAAAAAGAUGCAGAUGUGUCGGUCUCUGACGAAGAGGCUGGUAUCGAAGACGGCGACUCAGAUGAAAAGGCCACAUCGGACUCUAAUGAAGAAGUUUGGACUCCUCAAGACCUCGAGACUGGUCUUGAUGACCUCCUCAACUCGGAUUAUAUAUCACUGCUGAUGGCUCAUGACGAACAUAUCCAGACCCCCCCUCCCAGCGCGCUGUUCAACCUUCGUUCGUACUUGCCCGACUCAUUUAUGCCUUCAUACGACGAAAUGCGAGAAACUCUCAUCUCCUGGCUCGAAGUCAUCGGUAUCUCGGGGACAGACACAGAGACUUCUGGAGACACUUCAAAGGCGCGACAAGCAUUGAAUGACGCCGAGUCGGCCCUCAACCGUGUCACAAGACAGAAGAAGGAGGCAGAGGACGACCUGUCAGAGAUAUUCGAUGUCGAUGGCUUCGGUGCUGAAGGCGAAUGGAAGAAACUCGACAACACAUGUCUCGAAUUAAACACGGGAGAGUAUACGUACGAAAUCUGCAUGUUCGAUGAAGCUCGGCAAAAACCGAAUAAAGGCGGUCAGACUUUCAGCCUUGGGAAAUUCUCGUCUUGGAACCCGUCUCCAGACGUAAAACCUGGAGAGCCUGCUUUCUAUGAAAAACAGGUCUACAAUCAGGGGACACGUUGCUGGAAUGGUCCAGAGCGAAGUGUCGUCCUGGUCAUGUCUUGCGGAACUGAGAACGCCAUCCUGACCGUGCAAGAGCUCGAAAAGUGUGAAUACCAGAUUACAGGCACGUCGCCGGCGUUAUGUCUGCCAUUAGAUGCCAAGGUAGAAGCGAGGGAGGAACUAUAG